CUGUAGAGUCAUAACAGACUGAGAGGUUUGCAGGAAUCACCAUGCGUUAUUUUGCUUCAUAUCUUGGUACUAUUACUUGUGAGUAUUCUGUUAAUUAUUAACCAUGGUGACAGUAAGAUAGGUUAAUUUAAUAGAUCUAAUUUUAUAUAAUGUUUUAUUUUUUGCAUAUUUGCAUAUUUAUGUGUAAAGUACAUAUGAGUAUCAAUGUUUUACAACCAAUGUUACAUCACUGUAGUGAAUUUGUAUUAGAUUAUCUAUAGUAGAGUAGCUAUACAGACAUUAUAUGGACUUACAAUGGAGAUGUCAUAAUUAGAAGGGUCUGCUCAAUAGAAUGUGCAACAUUAGAGUGUAAUAAUAUUUAAAUAGUCCAUCAGUAGAUUGUAGCAAGUCUCCUAUGGUUGGAGAACAGAUGGAUUCAUAAUUUGUUUUAAGUAGUAAUUUUUGAUAUCUGCCACCUGAUUAAUAACUUGAUGAACAACGUCUAGGCAAAAGUUGAAUUAGCAAACUUAUUCUUAAUUUAUUGUUCACUUUCGUGAGAACCUUGUUCACAUGUUUCUGCUGUUCUUUUCUGAUAACUUACCAGUAGUCUUGUACGUUAACCUUGGGAAAUAAACUUACACUAUUUGUAUGUUAAUGUAUUUUAUUUAUCCAUUUUGCAAAAGCAGUUACCAGCACACUAUCCCAAAUCAUAUUACACAGUUAAAUGAGAGAGGUUUUUAGUACCACUGCAAUGGUCUUUAAAGUGUAAGCUCACAUGCCAAGUGACGGAAAACACUUUUAGAUGAGUCGUACACUAACAAUUCACUUUGAUGUUUUCAGCUAAAAGGCAUAAUCUCUAAGGAGACAGAAAGGGUUAUUCCUAUGAACCCUUACACUAUGGCACUUUGGGAUGGACAGCAGUACUGUAACAUGGCUGUUUAGUACAGAAAUGUCAUGGUACCCAGGACACAAAAUGCAAAACUUAGGACACAUCUAACUGUUCCAAAACCUUUCCAAAUGAUUCAUGAACAUAAGUCACUAUUAAAAAAUCUAUGGGAAUAGUUGUAGAUGAAUCAUUUGGAAAGCUUUUUUAACAGUUUUUAAUCAUUUGGAAAGCUUAUUAAAUUCAGGUAUAAGGUUGGUAUAGAGAGAGACAGAGUCAAAUUACUGGUGCUUAAAAUUGGCUGUGGUUCUGAGAGAUAAUGUAUUUUGAUAUUAAUAUAUUGAUACAUGAGCUACUGUCAUAUUUUGCAUAGGCGUAGUACAAUCCCCGUCUCGAGAAACAUGUAGAUCCAAAGUGUUGUAAGUUAACUAUGUUCAGCAACCCCCAGUAUAUUUAAAUGAGAGAAGAGAAAAUCUUAUAGUGUAGUAUAUAAUUAAAUGUGUAGCUCAGCAAAAAAAGGUAUCUUACUUACACUUUUCAGAGAAAGAACCUGCUCUUAGUGGUAUAGCCUUAGUGGUAUAAUCCACAUCUGGAAUGUGCAGGAACCAGGAAAGCCAGCCAGCAAUAAGUGGAAGUAUAUAGAAGUAUAAUUUAUUAGGGAGUUAACUUUAUUAUAUAACAUUAAAACGCACCAAAGAAUACCAAAAAGUCAAAUGUUGCGACCAAGAUGAAACUGUUCGGAGUUGUCUAUUUUUAAUUACCAAGAAAAUAAGAUGAAGAAUGAAUUUAUAGAGAAGCAAUAUAGUAUAGAGUUUGUAGAGAAAACUAUAAACUCAACAAAAAAGUUAGACAGGAAUAAUUUAAUCCUAGUGAUAAAGAUAAAAAGGAUCUCGCCCUACCUUUAGUGCUAGAUUAUAUAAUAAAAAUAUACAGGUUAGAAAGAUGAUUAAAACAUAUUGGCACAUACUAAAAGAGGUUGAUAUAUUAACAAAAACAUUAUUCCAGACAACCCCAAAAUUAUUUUUAUAGGAGCCUGUAGUUUAAAAAUGCCUCUAACAAAAAAAAUAUACAAGAAAAAACAAAUCAAGUCUCAUUAAUAUUUUUGUUAGAUGAAAUUGCAUGGAAAAUUAAUAAAUCGAACAAUACUAAUAAAAUCUAUAAUAUAAAACAAUACUAUAACAUGCAACAGCAGAAAUGUUAUUUAUUUAUUAGAAUGUCCCCGCGGCCAAUAUAUUCAUUUAUAGUCAAUAUAUAUAGUCAAUAUAUUCUGCAGAAAAAUCAGACCCCUAAAAAUAAAAACAGGUGAGCAUUGCCGCAAUAUAGAAAAAGGGUUAAAAAACCAUCUAGUCUCCUCACACUUUAAUUUUCAUAACAAUGACCGGGUAAUUUAAAAUGCAUGGGUAUGCAGUUUAUCUUUGGUUGUAAUUCUGAUGAACGCUCCAAACGGGAGCUAAAAUGUUGAUGUUGAUCUGUUUUUGUAACGCUAUAAAUUAAAAGCUGAGACGAAGUUGCACACGCAGUGCACCGAAACACACGUCGGGCUAUUUUCUUUAUCUCACAGGGUGUUUUAUACCAUGUAUAUUUAAACAUGGAAUAAUUUUUAUAGCCUGCAACUUUUCCUUUCUUUUUCUAACCUCUGACUGGGAGAGAGGCUUUAUCUUAUCUCUAUGCUGCUUUUUCUUUCAGCUAGUUUUUAAGUGCUGCUUUGAGACAUCACCAUACCAAGACAUAACAACUUGGUAUAUACCCAAAUGUCUACUAUCUAAGAUUUCUAUCAGCCUAGCCUCUUACAAUGUUCACAUACCGGAAUGAACAUUUACUAUAGGAACUGAAUAUCUUCCUCUACCUUGCUAAUUACAUUUUAUUAACCCUUUGAAUGACCCUUAGCUUGGACAUUUUGAAUAAAGCCUUUAUUAUAGGGAUUCCAAUUGAGUUAAUUUUUAGUCAGAGUAAAGCAAAUUUGCUUUAGUAUUCACCCUGACUCAUCCACUAUUCUUGGUUCCUCAGAUAGAUUUACAUUGUAUAUAGCUUUCUAAAAUAUCCAGAUUAUAUCCAUAUCUCUUUUUUUUUUAUCUUUAUUUUUUUUUCCUUCUUUUCAAUUGUUUUAAACAUUUAACAAAUUGUAAUGUUUGUACAUUCUGUGAUCAAUGUUCAUUUUCUACAAGUCUUAUUUGCAGGGAAAUAGGAAUAUAUAGAAAUCUUAAAAAUACAAUUUAACAUUAAGUAUUUGAAAAUAUACAUAUUAUACAAAUUUACAAUAUAACACAAGACAGUGUAGCAGCAAAAUAUGUACCAAGAUUGCUAUAGAUAGAGUGGGAGGGGGUUCAGGUAUAGCUGAUAUGUUUUCAAUGUUCAAGGUAUGUACACUGGCUUCAAUCAAUCACAAACAGUUUCCAUAUCGAUCAACUUAAGACAUUUCAUCCAGACAGUUGUUUUUUUGCUUAAUUUUUGUUUACUCUACAUCAGCUCCAUUUUUAUCUGAAACUCGAGUUGGUUUUUUACAUUCUUCCAGGGGACUUCUAAAUCUCGCAACCACUAUUUUGGCAGCUAAAAAAAGGUGUAUAAGGAUUACUUUUAAUUCAUACGCCAUAGGUGGCCAAUUUAAAUGUAGUAGAACAACCUCUGGAGAAAUUUUUAACUCGAGUUUUAGAUUUUUGAAUAUAAAUUUUUGUAUUGUCGACCAAAGAUUUCUUAAUUUAUGACAGUCCCACCAGAUGUGUUUAAAAUUACCUCUAGCACAUUUACAUCUCCAGCAAAUAGGAUUGGUUAAAGAGUAUAUUUUAUUUAAUUUCGCCGGAACCAAGUACCACCUAUUUAAGACUUUAAAGUGCGUUUCCAACAAAUUUAAUGAAUGUAUGUUCUUCUUAACAUCUAUCAUUGAAGAACCCCAUUGUUUCAUACCAAUAUCAAUACUCAAAUCUUUUUUCCAUGCUAAUAUGGCUGUUGGAUUUAUAUCCUUAACACUAGAUUUGGUUAGUAUUAAAGCUUUAGAAAGUGGUUUGUUGAUUUUUUUUGAGGUGAAUAAUAAAUCAAUCAAAUUGCUUACAUUUGAUUUUGGUAUGAUAAGGUGUGUGGACAUAUAACUUUUGAGUCUAAGGAAAUUAAACACUUCUCUAGAUGGAAGAUUAUAUAGACUUGUUAUUUGGGCAAAAGUUUUGAUUGUUCCUUCUGUCAAUAAAUGUUGUAGUCGUAAUAUUCCUAAUUUUUUUCAAUUAUUGAGAUUUAAAUCUUCCACUUGGUUUUCUACAAUAUUUAAUUCCAAGUAGCUUUCUAUGUUUAAUGCUUUUUUUAUUUUAAACCAAUUUUUUAAUAGUUGAGUCAAAAUAACAUUGGGAUAUUCUUUUUUUUUUUGAAAUUUUAUCUAUGUUCCAAAUUAAGCAAUCUAAGCUAGGAACUUCUCCUGCUCUCAUUUCCAUCUUAUACCAUCCCUCAUUUUUAUUUUCCUCUAUUUGCAUUCUAUAGAUAUGCAGAAUAGUAGCUGCUUUAAAAUUAUUCACUAUGGAUGGAUAAGCAAGUCCACCCUUAUAUAUAUUUUGUACUAAUAUUGAUUGUUUUAAUCUUGGUUUCUUACCUUUCCAAAUAUAUUGGGUGAAGCUUUUUUGUAUUAACUCAAGCCAGUGAGUCGAAAUAUGAAGAGGUAGCAUUUGAAACAUAUAGUUCCAUUUUGGUAUUACAUAAGAAUUAAUCACAUUUAUCCGUCCCCAGAAGGUAAUUUCUAAAUUUCUACGAUCUUUUAACCAUUUGUUAAGCUCCAAUAAUAAUGCCAGAAAGUUUAUUUCCAUAAUCCUAUUUAUCUCUCUAGUAAUUUUAAUUCCUAGGUAGUCCAUACUUUCCUUGACCCAAAUAAAUUCGUAGCUCUUUUUGAUUUCUUGUUGCGUUUUUUUAUCGAGAUUAAUAUCUAAUAUCAAGGAUUUGUUUACAUUUAGUUUAUAAUUUGAUAUGAGACUAUAUCGAUCUAUUUCCUGCAUAAUAUGAUCCAGUGAGCUUUUAGGGUUUGUAACAGUGAUUAAAAUAUCGUCAGCAUAUAGACUGAUUUUUUGAUCUUCAUCUAUAACUUUGUAACCUUUAAUCUUCUUGUUAUUUCUAAUAUUUUCAGCCAGUGGCUCGAUAGAUAAUAAAUAAAGUAGUGGUGAAAGGGGACAUCCUUGUCGAGUCCCAUUUUUAAGUUGGAACCACGGAGCAACAAUAUUAGGUCCAAUAGUACGUGCAACUGGGUUUACGUAAAGAGCCAUAAUGGCUUUCUUUAUCCAGCCUUCUAAUCCAUAGUGUGAUAAAACAGCUUCUAAAUAUUUCCAGCUGACUCUGUCGAAUGCUUUUUCAGCAUCAAUCGACAGAGUCAGAACUGGAAUCUCAUUUCUGUUUGCAUCAUCCAAGAUAUUUACAAUUCUCCUCAUACUUGUAUAAGAAUUUCUGCCUGGAACUUAUCCUAUUUGAUCUUUAUGGAUAAUUAGUGGGAGAAGUUUCUUUAUUCUAACAGCUAGAACUAAAGCAUAUAACUUAGUAUCUACAUCUAUUAAAGAUAUUGGACGGUAAUUUUUAAUAUCAGUAGGAUUUUUAUCAUUUUUUAAAAUUGGCAAAAUGUUAGCCUUCAGCAUCUCUGCUGGCAAAGAUCCUCUAUUUGCCGCUAUGUUGAAGGCAUUGGUCAGAUGAGGACAUAAUAGAUCUUUAAAUGUUUUAUAAAAUAAAUUAUUAAAUCCAUCAGGACCUGGUGUCUUUGAUCUUUCUAGCUCAUUUAUGGCUUUCAUAAUCUCAUCUGUAGUUAUCGAUUUAUUUAGAAGUUCAUUGUCAAUUGCUGUUAUUUGAAACUUAUUUAUAGUUUUCAAGUAUUUAUUGAUAUCAUCAUCUGUAGUAAUUUGAAAUAUAUUAUAUAACUUACUAUAGAAUUCAUUAAAGCAUUUUCCUAUUUCUCUGGGAGUUGUUACCAUUUUUCCAUUAUAUAUUAGUUUUUCCACUUUGUUCUGUCCUUUCUGUUUUCUAAGUUUUUGAGAUAGCAUUUUGUCAGCUCGAUUACCUUUAGAAUAAUAUUUGAGUUUUAAUCUAUCCAUAUUUUUGGCUGUUCUUUCUAUUAUUUUUUGCUUUAUGUUUUCUUUCAGUUCUAAUAUUUUCUCAGGAUUUCAGAGGAAGGAGAUUGUUUGUUAAUAUGAGCCAUAUUUCUUAAUUCAGUAUAUAAAUAGGAUAGGGUAAUGUUCUUAUCAAGUUGACUUUGUAAUUUAAUAAAAUGACCUCUCAUCACAGCCUUAAAGGCACACCACAGAAUAGAUGGAUCGAUGUUUUCUGAAGUAUUUUCUUUAAAGUAAUUUUUUAUAUUAUUUUCUAUAUAGGUUUUAUUUGUUUCAGAACAGAGCAAAAUAUUGUUCAGGCGCCAAGUGAAAGAUUCUCCUUUAACGAUACGAAAGGCUAUUUCGCAGGACACCCGAUUAUGGUCCGUCCAGACUAUUUAGUUAAUAUUAGUUUUUUUAAUCAUAUCAAUAAUACUUGGAUCUACCCAAAUCAUAUCCAAUCUUGAAUAGGAAAAAUGAACUUUAGAGAAAUGUGUGUAAUCUCUUUCAUUAGGAUUAUAAAUUCUCCAGAUAUCAAACAGAUUAUACUCAUCUUUUUUUAAAGCUUUGGCUUGUUUUAUAACAAUUUGAUUUAACUUGUUUCCUUUCAUUAGUUUUUUGUCUAUCUGUGGGUCUAGUACAGCAUUAAAAUCCCCUGCUAAUAUUAACUUUCCCACUUUAAUUUCAUCUACUUUUUCCAGUAUUGUUUUUAAAUAGGAAACCGGUGAACAAUUUGGAAGGUAUAUAUUGCAUAGUGUAAAAAGUGUGGAAUCAAUUUUACAUAUUAUUAUCAAAUAUCUGCCUUUAAUAUCUUGUAUCUGGUGAAUAAUUUCAACCUUGAUUUUUUCUCCAAAUAUAACAGCUACUCCGCAUUUUUUUUAUCCUUAUUGGAAGCUUGAAUAAUAAGCGGAAAUCUUUUACCUCCCCAAUUCUGUUUAUCUGUUUGCCUCCAGUGAGUUUCUUGUAAAAAUAUUAAAUUUAAUUGCUUUUUGCUCAAAUAUCUAUAUAAUAGAGCUCUUUUUGCUAUAGUAUUCAUACCUUGAACAUUGAGUGUCAGCAUUUUUAUCAUGUCGCUUCCCAAGGCACCUCCACAUCCGCCUCAUAAUCACUAUUAUCCUUCCCUAUUGCUGCAAAAACAUAUACAUGACAACACCAAUAACAUAAAGUUAAAAUCAUUGGAGGAAGUCCUCCCUUCUUAACACAAAGACUAUAAAUUUUCAUUUAGAAAAAUCAGUCUUUACUGUGUCUUUAAAUCAGACACAAAGUAGGUGUGACCGGAGAGAGAUAAUAUUAUUUACACGUUUACCCCCCCCCCAAAAAAAAGACCUUUUGUUUUUAAAAAAUAUCUUAUUUUCCAUCUUCCCUUUUCCCCCUCCUCCUCUUUUUCUCAAUAAACAUGUUACUUCUUAAGGUAAUUUCUAUACUUAUUCCAACAAAUUUGUAAACAGUUCUCUCAUUAAUCUUCGUGUUAUUCAAAUACUAGUAUAUUCAAUCCUAUUAUCUACUUCUGACAUGUGAAUUAAUUUAAUCUUUUUAGUUCUGUGCACAUAGUGUUCAUUAAACUAUUAUUAUAAAUUUUAGAUCUAUUUUUUCCAUCUGACUUUUAUAUCCCUUUAAUAUUAUGUGAAAUAGUUUUCUGAAAAAAAGUUACUCUUGUACAAACUUUUCUAUAAUAGUGAAGGCUUGUGGGCCAUACAAGUGAGAAUUACAAAUAAAAUCUACUAUAUUAGUGAAAGCGUAUGAGCUAUCUAAAUGAAAUUUCCAAGUGACAUCUUCAAACCAAAAUUGCUACUUAGUUAUAUUGAGAGAUCUCUUUGUCAUGAAGAGAGGGGAGAGAAAAAAAAAAAUCCUUUCUUUCUUUUCCUUUCCUUUCUUCUUUUGCUUUUUAUCUUCUGUCGCAACAGUCUUUUUAUCUUUCUUCUCUAAUGCUAGUUAACCAACUAUUUGCUUCAUUUGCAUCCAAAAAAAGUUUAUUUUCUUGUUUCCAAAUAAACUUUAAGGAUGCUGGAAGGCUCCUUUGGAAUCUGAUCUCAUUUUUUCUUAGAAAGUCUGUCACGGCAGAGAAGGAUUUUCUCCAAAACCUAGUAAAAUAAGAUAAGUCUUGCAAAAAAAUUAUAUCUUUAUAAAUAAAAUUAAUUCGGGGUUUAAUACGGCUGGCUUUCAUUAGAUUUUCUCUCAUUGAGAAUGAAGAAAAACUUACUAUCACAUCUCUUGGGAGAUGUGAAACAAUUGUGUUAGGUUUAUAAAUUCGAUGGAAGUUUACUAUUUGAUGGUCAUCUGAUGGCAUUUCAGGUAGAAUUUCUUUAAAUAAGUUGCUUAGAUAUUCCUUUAGUUUUUCGUUAGUGAUUUCUUCGGGAACCCCUCUUAUUCUUUUAUUGUUUUUUCUUGAUCUGUCUUCCAAAGCUGCUAUUUUUUUUCAAGAUUGUCGGCUUUAUUUGUUAAAGCCUGCAUUUCUGUUUUAAUUGCUUUUAUUUGGGUUCCAAAUACUUCAAGUUUUUUUUCCACUUCUACCACUGAUACUGCCACAUUUUUAAUAUCUUGUUUAAUAUCAUUAAAGCUUGCAUGCAUAUCUUGUUUUAAUAUAUUGCGUUGUAGCUCUAACAAUUGCUUGAGCUGAUCUUGUGUGCUAAUUGAAGCAAUAGCUUGAGAUUGUAGUGGAGAUUGUACAAUUGGGACUUCCAAAUUGGUAUUGGAGGUAUUAGCCGGGUGUGUCAUACAUUCAGUUUUCUGAUCUUGCACAUCUUUAAUAGGGUUUAUAAAAAAACCAGACAACCUCUUUUCUGUUUGUUGUACUGAUUUGAUUUCUUUCUUCUUUUCCAUAGUUGUUUUUCUAGUUGCCAUUUUAUUUUUUACUUCUUUAAUUAAGUGAUUUAACUUAUAUAUCACUUUUAUUUUCGAUAAUUAUGUAUAGUAAUCUUCUCUUUUUAUGCUAUAGAGAUUUUAUCUCUAGCCAAUAUUUAUAUACAGAUAUUUUAGUGUAUUACAAUAUAUUCGAAAGUACUUACAGUUCUAUUUUUUUUGGAGAUUGCUGAAAUUUCUUUUAUUCUUGACUGAUUUUUUUUUCUCUCUUUUUCUUCCCCCUUUUUUUUCUCUUUUUUCUUUUUUCUUCCUUCCUCUUUCCUUUUUAUUUUCUCUUUUUGUUUUUCUUCUUGUUAGUUCGAAAGGAGGAGACUCCUCUUAUUCCCUGCACAGGGGAAAUAGACACCCAGCACCUCUCGUCCUCACCAAAGCUUCAAUGUGUCAAUAUGCUUCUCGAGCAUCGAGUGCCACUGAAUUGUCGCACGCUGGCCGCUUCAGCUCUCCACUCCGCUUCACUCCACUCAGCUAGUUCGCCAACCGCCAGCCAAAAUGCAAUUACGGAGCGGCGUGGUUAGCUCGUCUCCGCGGUCGCUCUCGCCAUCUUCCCUCUGGACACGCCCACCUCCAGCACGUGUGGCGUCUUACGUCAUCACGUACCGCCCCAAAAAUAGUUUUUGGAUAUUUUUUUAUUUCUUUCUACAAUUGUUAGGUCAUGCUAUGCCGCCCUAAUGGCAUUAAAGCCCUCCUUUUGCAAGGUGACAUAGCAUACCCUAGCGGCAUUAACGUGUUAAUGAACUGCUGUCUAUAUCACUUCCCCUGCCACUCCUCUUUAUAAGAAACUGCAUAGAGCUAAGUAAGCAUAUCAAGAGUUUUGGACAUUCAUAAAAACCUUUUUCCUAUUGACAAGCUUAAAGAGACUUUCCACUAUAAAAAAAACGUCAUAUCAGUGAGGUUGUUUUGGGAGCUGGAGUCCUUGAGUGACAUGUUACCUUAUUGAAUGGUUUAACACCAAAGAAGGAUCCUUCUUCCGUUCUCCUUUUCUGAACUGCCAUACUGAUAAGGAAUUGCUGUCUUGGGAGUCAGUUGAUGAUCUCAGCCUAUUACUGGUCACCGAUUGAGGCCAAGGAAAUUGUCUAAAGCACAAACAUUUUCAUUCUCUCUCUUUCACAUUCCUUUAUCCCCACAAUCUUCUCUCUCUUUCCUUAAUGGAACACUAUAGGAUUAGGAAUACAUAUUUGUAUUCCUAACGCUAUAUAGCCCUAGUCACCUAAACAAUGGCUAUGUCCCCGUUCCACAGUGAAUAAAUGUUUAAUUAGCCAUUUAUUUGCUCACCUUAAUCCACCGCCGGACUCCCUCGGCACUAGUGACCUGUCCUCCAUCGAUGUCAGCUCCCAAGAGGAGCCGAAUGCUUUCCAAUGGGUAUCUUUUUUUGACGCUGGAGGUCUGUGAGGACAUGCAGGGUCAAAUAACUGUGAUUUACUCUGUGUAAAUCGUGGAAGUGCCUCUAGUGGCUGUCAGGUAGACAGCCACUAGAGGCUGGAUUAACCCUGCAGUGUAAACAUAGCAGUUUGAGCUAAAGUGGUCUGGGUGCCUAUAGUGGUCCUUUAACUAUCUCUACCUCUCACACUUCCUCUUUCUGUUUCACUAUCCCUUUCUCUCACUAUUCCUCUGCUUGCAUUACUGUCAAACUCAUCCUCUCUCUACUUUCACUUUCUUUCGAUUCUUGCAUCCUUGGUCUUUCUCUUCUGUUCUUUCACUCCCAAAGUUUCUCUUACAUUCAUUCUUUUUCACUCUCUACUCUCUAAUUUCUUUUUUCUACCAAUUAAAAGGGAGGUUAGGACUAUAUAGUUAAGGGGAAAAGCCAAAUUUGGUAUAUGGAGUUUAACAUCUCAUUGACCUAAAUAUUCAUUAGCUGCAGGGGUGUUGCUAGGGCCACAAAACAUUUUUAUUCCAAAAAUAAUUUGGAGACCCCUUCCUAAAGCCUCUCUCAGAAAAAGGCACUAACAGGCACACACAGUCACAAACAGGGUACACAGACAGGCAAGACAGACGGGCACACAAACACAGUUACACACAGGCAUACAUAGUCACAGGCAGGCACAGACAGGUACAAAAAGACAGUUAUGCAUAGACACAGAUAAAUACACACAGGGACACACAGGCAUUCACAGACACAGACAAGCACACACAGGCACAGACAGACACACACACAAGUAAACACAAGAACAAGUAGGUACGCAUGGGUAAACAUAUACAGGAACACACAUGCAUACGUAUACAAAAUAAAAAAGAUGUCUCUGUGCCUUGGAACUUAGUUUUAGGAAACGCGGGAAGCCAGUCUCUGUUUCAGCAGAGCGGUCGGCUGUAAGCCUUCUAAAGAGAGAGUCCUCAGGCAGCAUGCUGGAAGUCCCACACUUUGUUGGCUGCCUCUUUCUCCUCUGCUGCAAGGAUGUUCUGCUCUCCCUGCCUGCACUGGUCUCCAGAGAUUUGCACAGGGACACACAGGGAAUAUGACAUUCUAUAAUAUAUGCUUCUCCCGGGCCGACUCCUAGACUCAGGAGAUCGGUAACAGGCAGCGAGAAAAAAGUAAGUAAAAGACAAAAUGAUAAAUGGCUAUAAACCCAGCCCCUCAAAUGACCUUCCUCCAUGACCACCUACUAUUGUUGACAAUAUAUUUUAAAGCCUAGCAGUGGGGAUAUCUGUAACUUGUAGCUCCAUCAGAUAGGACUCUUACUUCCAACUUGUCCAUCGGUCUUGAACAGCGUUCUCAUCAGCUUUUUGUAAUGACAUGCAGUGGUGUACUCAGGUUUUAUGCUGCCUUAGGCAUGACAAAACUCGGGCACCCCGCUUCCAAAUUUCUCUUUGCCUGACAUGUACACACCCUAACUGAUGCCUACACUGACAUAAACUCACUGACAGAUACACAGUAAUUGUCAAACAGACUGUUUAACCAACACACACUUUCACUGAAACAUACACAUUCACAGACAUACAAACUCACUCAUUCACAGUUACACUCACUUACAGUUACACACACACAUUCACUGACAGACAGACACACACACUCACAUUCACUGAAAAACAUACACAUUCACUGACAGAUACAGACACUCGCUGACAGACACACAUGCACUCACUGACAGACACACAUACACAUUCACUGACAGAAAUGAAUACACACUCACUGACAGACGCACACUCAUUCAGUGUCAGCAACACGCUCACACUGAGACACACAUAUACUCACUUAUAUAUACAAACUGACAAACACACGUGCACAUUCAUUGAAAGACUCAUAUAUACUUAGUGUCAGACCCCCACCCACUGAGUGUCAGACACACACCCACUCAGUGUCAAACAUACAUAUUCACUGACAGACACAAAAUGCAAAAUGCCUUGUCAGUCUCACACGAAAUACAGAGCUGAUGGCAUGUUUGGUGCAUACAGAUGAAUAAAAAGCUGAUUAAAAUGCUGUCGAUUUCAGGUUCCUUCAUUGGAUCUUUGUUUCCAGGCAUUUUACAAAUAAAUGCUGUUUUUCGUGAAUGACUCCCAUUUAUGUAUUAAAUUUAACACUUACUUACGCUUUGGCCAUUUCAGUUCUAUACAUCAUUGUUUUGAGCAAUUCAUUUACAAUUCAACUGUUGAUAAAAAAAAAGUUAGUUUCUUUGAACACAUGAAAAAAUUAUCCACUCAUAAAAUGCAAAUUACCGAUAUGAUGGUACCCAAGCCUUUCUAAUAAUAGAGUCAAUUUAAUCAUUAUUGAAAAGCAUUUCCUUUAGAUAUACAUGAUUUGGUGCCUUUAGAAACUAGUUGUCAAUUUUAUGGUUUUUUGACAAGCUGUUUUGUUCAAACAUGUGCAUCUAAAUAUAGAUCUUUUGACUUCCUGAGCAAAAUUUGAGCAAUGCACUCCUUGCUUUUAGUUCCUACUUAGUAUUUCAGAUGUAUUUCCUAAAUAUAUAAUAUUGUAACAUGUAUACAUAUUUCAUAAUUAUGUGGGAAUGCUGUGUGGGUUGUGACCCCAGGCUCUUCUAAAAGUUCAUUAUGUGAAAGAAGAAUAUAUGCAUUUUUACCCCAUACUUUUUACCUUUAGGCAAGGAAUACUAAGGUCCCACUUGGUCUGGAGGGGGGAUCUUGUGGUCUGCUCCACCAUCAUAAGCAGACCACUUUAAACAUUUUGUUUGAUUCAAUGCAUCUGAAUGACUUAGAAUGUUCGGUUGGGAACCUGGUAGCAGUCUAGAAGCGUGGGACAAAAAAGGAGCACUGACUGUGAUCUGCAUAUUCUGUAGAUGCUAACCACACAAUCCCAUACUGUAGUGAUUGAGAUCCUGUGUUCUUACAACUGGUCCCAGGAGCUGCAGAGUGGCCCUUCAAAACUGACACUACAUAUGAAUUCCAAAAUAACCUUAGGGUAGUGCAGAUUUCUAAAGAACAAACAUGAUCUAUUUUAGGUUAGAUACCCCCUCUUUUCCAAAGCAAUUUUUUCCAUCCAAGAUCAGACUUCUUUCUUAGUCGGACUAUUAGACAACGCCUUAGUUCAGUUCUGUCUCCAGAACCCUCCUCCUCCCCAGAACAUUCUCAGUCUAAAACCACAAUACCAGCAAAGUUCCUUACUAAAAUCAAAAUUUGUCUCCAUUGACAUAUUCCACCAUUUUCAAAUAAUGAUGGUAGGAGCUACAUAUAAUUUCAAAUCGACAAAUGUUCUCCUGCCCCUUAAUGUUGCAUAUGCGAUGAUUACAUUACCCGCAAUAAUAAUGCUGCUACUCUUAACACAAUGCAGUCUGCCAACAUCAGCGGCAUGGGGAAAUAGGUAUAUGCAGAUUGUAAUGCUUUUUAACCAAUCAGGGUUAUUUGCUAAAGUGAGAAUCCCAAGUGAAUUCAAAUUCAAACUAGCUGAACUGAAUAAUUUUUUUCUAAGUCAGGUUCCGUUUGAAACUCAAUUUGGCUUAAAUUUGAAAUUCACUUUGAAUUCUCAUUUUAGUAAAUAACUCUGUAUAUACAGCAACGCCUAUCACACUGAAAUUCGGUGGAAACAUAUACAGUACAUAGAAUAUUAUAACCAUGCUUUUCUGAUUUGCUUUUCCAAUAGCAUAGUAUGAAGUAAAAUGAACUUAUUGUACAAAUCACACCUACUACACAUAAAGUUUAACCCCUUAAGGACACAACUUCUGGAAUAAAAAGGAAUCUUGACGGAAUAUUUCCGUCAUGUGUCCUUAAGGGGUUAAAAAACAUUUAGAAUUUUUAAAUUGUCUUCAUUCUUUAUUGCCAUAACUAACUUAUCAGUCUCUUUGUAUUUUAGGUUUUGUCCUGCUCUUUAAACAAGUUUCAGGCAGUGAGUAUCUAGAAGUAAAACACUGAAUUAGUUAAUUCCGUUUCAUCAUUAAUAUUUACCAUUUGUCUAUUUUCUUUAUUUUUAUAAUCCACAAGAUCUUCCUAAACCUUCGUUUACAAAGUAUGUGAAAGAUGACAGCUCAAGAAAUGAGAUUAUGGUGGGUGAUACAGUUAUUGCAAAAUGUGAAACGGCCUCACCAAAAGCUGAUACGUUCUAUCUAAGACAUACAAAAGGCAUUGUGACCACAUGGUUAAAUCAGACCGCAGAUCCUACGUUUACAUUUGCCAACAUCAAGAAAGAUCAAAGUGGUAACUAUGUCUGUUUAUACUGCGACGAGUCAACAUGCUCAGAACCCAGUGAUCGUGUCUAUAUUUAUGUUCGAGGUAAGAGAUGAUAAAACCUGGAUUACUUCAUGUUAUUGAAUUGUACUACUACAGUAGGUGUUUAUUUUUGAAACAACAAAAUGCAGUGAAUUUAAUGUGCACCUAUUCAUAAAAAACUAUAGCCUAAUAAUUGACAUUUGUUUUUCAGCCAUUACAAUUCAACGUUUAGUGAAUAUACCCUACAAUAACUUGAACAGGCAUCAAAAACAGCCAUGUAAAGACAUUAUACAUCUGUGUCUGAACACUUAUCUACCCACACAAACACAGCAACACUCAUCACUCACAGCUACCCACCAGCAACCACACUUAUUGCUCACAGCUACCAAUACACAAAACUGCACAUCACCCAGCUACCCACACACAACCAUACGCCACUCACAGCUAGAUACACACAGCAACACAGCUAUCCACACAUUCCCACACACAUAGCUCACAUCUACUGCCAGACCAGCACACAUCAGUCCCAGCUACCUAUGAACAGAAAUGCAUCCCUCAUUAUUACUCACACACACUUCACUCACAGCUGCAACACCAUUUAUAAAAAACAGUCACCCACACACAAACACACAUGCACUGUCACCUCAUGCACACACACACACACACACACACACACACAGUCAGUCAGACAUAGCCACAAUAUACACAUCACAUAUAGUUCUAGCACUUACAGCCACCUUAUAUAAAAAUAACAAAGGAAAAUAAUUACUGUGUGCAAAUAACAGAAAUAACAAAUCCCCAUGUGCAUACUAAUAUGAAAUAUGCUGCCGCACCUAUGUAUAACACCUGAUGCAUUUUACAAAAAACAAAUACAGACACUUACCCUUUAUGUCUAACUAUGAUGCAUGGACAUGAUUUGAGAACUGCAAAUCUAAACGCUUAAUAUUCGUGCCCUUCUCAACAGUAUAUCAUUUCAAUAAAUACAAGUGCACACAUUAACAGUAGAAAAAUUAUAAUAUUUUUGAAGCUGUGAAUUUCUUUAUAUGUACAGGUGAUACUCGAAAAAUGAGAAUAUCGUGAAUGGCCUUUAAGCCAUAAUCAUCGCACUUAUGACAAAUUACGGCUUGAACUAUCUUGCUUUGCAUGUAAUGCGUCUAUCUCAUAUAUUAGUUCCCCUUUUACGUUGCAUUACUGAAAUAAAUUCACUUUUGAUUUCCUAAGGGGUUUAUUGAAAACAUUCGAAACUCUAACUGAAACGUGUAAAAGGACAUGGAUGGACUGAUAGCACUGAGUCAUUUCCUGACUGUAGAAGAAAUGACUAUAAAAGACAAGGAGUCUGCAGAUUUGUAGUAUUUUUCUGAGGGAUAAUAUUUAUUAAAAUAUGCUAGUUAACAGUUUAUAGAUCCUUAUAAGCAGAAAUAGCUCUAAAUUCUGACAUUUCCACUUUUGCAUUUUAGCUUUACAUUAUAUUUAAAAAUGUGCUUAAAUUCUUUUGUUGGCUGAUGGACGUGACAGAUAUAUAGUUAUAAGAGGAUAUAAUAUAUAAAAUGAGGCAUUAUAGUAUGUUCUCUAUUUACCAUGACAGUUCCGUGCACUGUCCAUUUAUUUAAUAUGUUUGUACUAUAUAUUUAAUCUUAGUGUAGGCAGGUUUAGGCAACCUUUCAGACAAUGUGGACUACAUCUCCCAUAAUUCUCUUACAGCCAUAAUGCUGGCAAAGCAUCAGGGGAAAUGUAGUGCACAACAUGUGUGUGCUGAAGUUUGUCUACUGCUGGUGUAGACCAGGGGUGCCCAAAAUGACAAAGCUUCAUGGAAGCUGUAGUUCUACAACAUCUAGGGAUGUACCUUUUGGGCACCCCUGGUGCAGACUAUUAACACAGUCUCUUUUUUUUUUCUAUAUUUUACAGAUCAAUAUCCACAGCCAAAAAUCUCUGUAUCGUCAAGAAAAAUUCUCCUGCCAGACGAAAGUGCCAUCAUCACAUGCAGUACCCAUUUUUCAAACAUUACUUUUACCCUUUAUAAAGAUAAAGUGAAAUUAAAGAAUUACCCUAGUGGACAAAAAACUGUUUCAUAUCCCAUAGAUAAAGCAACUACAUCUGAUGGUGGCGAAUACAACUGUAUAUUUCAAAGAACUUUAGACGACUCACAAACAUUGGUCUCAUCAUUGAGUAAUCCCAUAUUAUUAAGAGUUAAAGGUAACAUUGCUACAACUAUUAAGAUUACAGUGGUCCUGCAAAUAUAGGGAUCUGUGCCCGGGUUAGUCAACACGAGCUUUAUCCCGUAUGAUGCUGACCUGGCAUUUUUUGGUUACAUUCAGGUUAAAAAUAUUUUUUGUAUGAAUAUUUGUAGUUCAUAAUAGAGGUUGGUCAAUCUAUUACAAACUGAGUAUACUACACACAGCACAUCAAAUGAAUACAACUAAUCUUUAUUAUACAAUGUCAUUAAAACCCGGUCGCUGGCGAUCCCACGCCGGCGAUCGCAGUUGAGGGGACUCCCAGGGAGCCCCCCGCGGCACGUCCGACCCCCUGGCAGCCCCUCCAGCCAUGUGAGAGUGAGGUCCUUGCGAGGACCUCACAAUCACAUGGCAGGGAUAGCUGCCUCCUGCAUUGCCAGCAGGGGGGCUGCCUGUAAUGACAGGUAGUCCCCCUGCUGGCUGGAAAUAAAAUUAAUAAAAGUUAAAUAAGUGUAAAAAAAUAUAUAUAUACUUAGAUCAUAUAUAUAUAUUAUAUAUAUAUAUGAUCUAAGUAUAUAUAUAUAUAUAUAUAUAUACACAUAUACAUACACACACACACUGUCUAGGUGUAUUUUACUAUUAAUAUAUAUAUAAUUAUAUAUAUAUAUAUAUUUAUAUAUUAAUAUCAAAUUACACGUAGACUGAUACUGAUUAAAUAUAUAUAUAAUUAUUGUUAUAUAUAUAUUUAUAUAUAAUAUAAAAAAAUUAAAUAUGUAAAUACGUUAAAAAUAAAAUUAAAAAAAUAAUUAAAAAAAUAUAUUAAAAAAUAUAUAGAUGUGUGUUAUUUCAUUCUAACUGUAUUGUGAUAUUAACAUAUAUAUAUUUAUAUCAAAAUACACGUAGAACGAAAUAAUAUAUAUAUAUCUAUAUACAUAAAUAUAUACGUAAAUAUCACUAUAUAUAUACCUAUAUAUAAAUAAAAAUAUUAAAAAAAAAUUAUAUAUAUAUAUACAUAUAUAUAUAUAUACAUAUAUUAAUUCUACAUAUAUAUUUAUAUAAUAUUUUUACAUAAUUAGGUAUCUUAAUUAAUUACAAUUAGCGGGACCUGCCUGACAACCCAUGCCGAAAGUAAAGGGAAUUUAUUUGCUAGCACUAUAUUUAACCCUAUAACUUUCCAAGACACCAUAAAACCUGUACAUGGGGGGUACUGUUCUACUCGGGAGACUUCGCUGAACACAAAUAUUAGUGUUUCAAAACAGUAAAAUGUAUUACAAUGAUGAUAUCGCCAGUAAAAGUGACUUUUUUUGCAUUUUUCACGCACAAACAGCACUUACACGGACGAUAUUAUUGCUGCGAUACUUUUUACUGUUUUCAAACACAAAUAUUUGUGUUCAGCGAAGUCUCCCGAGUACAACAGUACCCCUCAUGUACAGGUUUUAUGGUGUUUUCAAAAGUUACAGCGUCAAAUAUAAGGCUUGCGUUUCAUUUUUUCACAUUAAAAUUCGCCAGAUUGGUUACGUUGCCUUUGAGACCCUAUGGUAGCCCAAGAAUGAAAAUUACCCCUAUGAUGGCAUACCAUUUGCAAUAGUAGACAACCCAAGGUAUUGCAAACGGGGUAUGUCCAGUCUUUUUUAGUAGCCACUUAGUCACAAACACUGGCCAAAAUUGGCGUUUUUUGCAUUUAUCACACACAAACAAAUACUAACACUAACUUUGGCCAGUGUUUGUGACCAAAUGGCUACUAAAAAAGACUGGACAUAACCCAUUUGCAAUACCUUGGGUUGUCUACUAUUGCAAAUGAUAUGCCAUUAGGGGUGUAAAUUUCUUUCCUGGGCUACUAUAAAGUCCCAAAGGCAACGUAACCAAUCUGGCGAAUUUCAAUUUCAAAUGUAACGUGCUAUAUUUGACCCUGUAACUUCCCAAAACGCCAUAAAACCUGUACAUAGGGGGUACUGUUUUACACGUGAGACUUUGCUGAAUACAAAUAUGUGUAUUUUAUUGCAGUAAAAGCAAACAGUAUUAUGACAUUGACUGUUAAAAUGUCAUGUAGAACUAAAAAAAUUAUAAAAAAUCUUAUUUUCUCCCAUUUUUUUCAUAUUAAAUUAUGUUUCAUAGCUAAAUAUUUGAUAUUAAAUGAAAGCCCUGUUUUCCCUGAAUAAAGUUAUAUAUAAUAAGGGUGGGUGCAUUUACUAUGAAAGAGGUGUAUUACGGUUGGACAGACGUAGCGCAAAUGCCAGGCUUUGUUUACAUUUUUUUUCGUUUACAACGUGUACAUUUGGCUCCGUCCUUAAGGGGUUAAUAAUUUUCAGGAAUGAAAAAGUCAAAAACAACCAGGAGAGCAGACACAAAACACCAAAACCGAGCCCUCCCCAACUGUACUACCCAUGCAGUCCAUUCCAUUUGCACACUGUACUGCAAUGCAAAACGUUUAACGCCCCCCUGUAUCAUGAUCUCUCACCUCCCUCCCAUGGCACUGGAAGAGUUAAAAACCCCUCUGUCACUUACAUGAUUCCAGUGCUGAUGUCUCUCUGUGCUGGGUCAGAAUCCUCCACUAACAUCAGCCAUCGGGGGGACUUAAUGUGCAUUCGCGGCAAGGGCUGUGUUGGCAUUAUGACUACCCUACAAGAAAGCACUGCUCAAUGCUUUCCUAUGGGAUUUUAGAUGAUGCUGGAUGUCCUCAUGAAUGACAUGAGGAUAGCCACUAGAGGAGGAGUUAACCCUGCAAGGUAAUUAUUGUAAUUAAUCAAUAACUACAAUAAUUACUAUUGCAGAGUUAAGGGCAAUAGGGACAGUGCACCCAGAUCACGUCAAUAAGCUGAAGUGGUCUGGGUGCCUAUAGAGUCCCUUAGAAAUUAGGUUGUGGGGGAAUCUACACCUCUAUGAUGGCAGCACUGAAAUUUUUAUUUAGACCUUUAUCCCUUUACUAGUUUUUGUAUUUUGUUAAGUUUAUCUCCAGCGUGUUAUGUUUCUGUUACUACAAGCCAUCCCCUUCCUCCUUAGCACAGCCUUUCUGUAUUCGAGCUCUUCGAUAAGUGUGAAAGGUAGGUACUCUGGGCAGUUACUAAAUGAGCCCUGUUACUACCAGAAAGUAACAAGGCUCAUUGAUAAAAGGGUCACGUUUUACUGACAAAGGCAGCUAUCCACACAUAAACAGGGAUGGAAGGACAGUGGCCUGGGCCCCCUGGUCAAAUUAGGCUUUGGCCCCAUGCAGGCCAGUAUACAUGAGAUAAAAGGGAAAGUCCAGGCUGUGGUACAUGUACCAUGUAUUUAAUUGCAUGUGUAUGUAAUAUGAAUGUAUGUAUGUUUGCAUAUAGCCACUGUGAGCCCUUGUGUAAGUCUGAAUCUCUAUAUGCUACACUAUGUGUUUUAAAUUCAUUUUUUACAAAUUCUGUUUUAUUAUGUUCCAAGAGCUGGUAAAAUGACUUAGAAUUGCUUGACAUACUGGUUUAUUUGUGUAGCAUGGCUGUAUGUAUAAGGGGUUACUUGUGAAUCAUGCCAAUGUGUUUGUAUGAGAGGGUGCAUUUGUGUAGCAUAACAAUGUGUUUGCCUGAGGAGAGUGUAUUUGUAAAGUGUGCCAGUAUAUUUGUAUGGGAGGGGGUGUAUUUGUGCAACGUGGCACUGUUUUUGUAUGAAGUGGGGUGUUUGUAUGAGGGAUAUAUUAUGUCAGUUUGUGACAGUUUACGUGUGUGCAUACGGCUUAAAUGUGGUGUGCACUUUGCAUUCCCACUGUUUUUGCUUCCUUAUUGUAGUGUCUCUUUCCAACACCCUUCCAUACACACGCCACCUGUUUAAUGUAUUUAAACAUGCCUAUACAAUUUAAAUUAAAUAUAGUUUUCAGAUAUUAGAAGUAAUUGGGCAAUUGUAAUUCUCCUUCCAUAGCCAGUAGUAGCUCAUUCUCACCUUCCCUUCCCUAUUGCGAGAACUAACACAUUUUCCAUGAUGCCCCCUACAGCCUGUAGCACCACAAUGUAUCCCCAUCACUCCCAAUGCCCACUACUAGCCCAUUUACCAAUGUAUCCCCAUCACUUCCAAUGGCCACAACUACCCUAUUCACCAAUGUAUCCCCAUCCCUCCCCAUAGCCACAUCGCAACCCUGCCCCUACAAACAGCCAAAAGCCUGUAGUCACUCACUGGAGCAUGAGACUGCAGGGACAGCUACUGUAGCAAAUGGGCGAGGCUUAUGAACAGGGGCCGGCAGAAGACCGUGCGGGCAGCUUCUUGUGGGCAGGCUGCUUCAGGAGCUCUUUGAACUCCCCAGCUGAGCCACUAGUUCACUUCACGCCGCAGACGGACCCCAAAGAGCCUCAUGACCUCGUCCCAUGCCAGUUUUUCCCAAGUGCUCAAUUGCCCCUGCACAUAAGGCAUUUUGGCAAGCUGAAAUGCUUUAUGUGUUUGGAGUGUUUCUUUCUAAUGCCAUGCUAUUUCAGAUAUAAAUGUGUGUGUCGAAAGACAAAAUGCUGCCCUUCUGCUUAAUAAAAUAUACAGAGAGAGAGAGACACAUGUGGGAAUGGGAUAUGGCAAGAGGAACACAGGUGAUGGAAUAGGGGAUAUGAGUUAUACAACUAAAUCAGGGGAGCCAGGCUUAUACUGAAAAAAAAUGUUUUGAUCAGUUUGACAAAUUACUCAUAACAAAAUCUCCUUUAUUUAAAUAUUUCAGAUCUACCCAAACCUUCAAUAGCUGAUGAAGAUGAUACCAGCAGAAACAAGAUAAGAUUUUACUGCAUAGCUCCCACUAUGGAGCAAAUGCUAAGUUUUCAGCUACUAAGUGAACGCAAAGGAAUUGAAAGUCAAAUUAGAGCAACGAAUGCCAAAAAUGCAACAUUCAUCAUUGACAGGCCCAAACACACUACUCAGUAUUUUUGUAAAUAUUAUAUAACAAUGGAUUUUGACAUGGCGUAUUCGAGAAGGAGUGAUGGAAAAACCAUAAAAGGUAAGGGUACCUCAAACCAGUUACAAAUUAAUAAUCAGUGACUGCUUUGAUCAUUUAAAUUUCCUAUUCUACUCUUGUGAUACUUCAACCUUGGGUAAAAAGCUUUUCCAUAAAAUUAAGAAUUGUUAAGAAUUUAAAAAUACAAAAAAAUAAAUACCAUACAAAAGAAUGGGCAAAAAUAUACUGGUGCUUAUAUACUGUCAGGGUAUGCUAAAGCUAAAUGGUAAAUUUUAUGACUCCUGCUUAAAAUAUAGCCCCUCACAAAAACCUGCCAUAUACCACAUCCAAUGUCCUACCCUAAUCCCUAACAUGAUUUUUAAAUCACAUUAUGACAUGUUGAGUGAAUUCAGAGUAUAAUAUAAACUCAUAUUUAUAAACUGCACCCUCCUGUAUUAAAACAGUACUGUCACCUCCGGAGACCUUUAGAGAACUUCUCCAAAGACAGUAGUUACGUCGGUUUGUUCUUAAGUAAUUUCUUAAUAUAUGUGACUAGAAAUUGUUUUUAUUAUUAUCAUUUGUUUUUAUUUUAAUUAUAGGGAUUGACUAUACCACAAUUAAUGUCAUCCGGCUUCUUAUCGCAGCUUUGGUUCUUAUUCUGCUUGGUGGAAUUCUCUGGAAGGAAUCAAAUGAUUUCAAGACAUCACAGGAAGAAUAUCUCCCUAAACUGCCAUCUGCAAGGGGCAAAAGUACUAGAAUAUCUAAAGCUACAGAUGUUAUUUGCCAAAGUGGCCUUCCGAAUGAGAGUAUGUUGUAAUAUCUUGAGUGUGAUACUCACAACUGCUCUCUGUGUCAUGAUAGUGUUAACAUGCAAGUAUGGGUAAAUUCUAAGAUAUAAAAUAAACUUUUUUCUACAUUAGGUUUGGCUCACAAAACAGUGAACUUUGAUGAGCAGAGAAACAACUUUUUCAAAAUUAAGAACAAAAUAUUACUUUUCUGGUCUGUGAACCUGGCAUUUAACUAGCUGUCAAAGUAGCCUGUAAAUUAAUCCUUCAAAGGGAAAAUUGAGAUUUAAAAGUACAUCCUUAAAGGAUCACUAUAGUGUCAGUAAAACAAAGCGGUUUUCCUGACACUAUAGUGCCCUGAGUGUGCCCCCACCCUCAGGGUCCCCCUCCUGUGGCACUGAAGAACACCUUCAGUUACUUUUUUUUAAUCCAGUGCCGGGCUCCCUCCGCGCUGGUGACCUCUCCUCCCCGUCCAACGUCAGCUUCCCCGUCCGGCGUCAGUGGAGCCGAAUGCACAUGCGCGGCAUGUGCCGCACACGCAUUCAAAGUUUACAUAGGAAAGCAUUGCUUAAUGCUUUCCUAUGGACGCUCUGCGCGAUGGAUGCCAAAUUUGCAUCCAGCGUCGCAGAUGCGCCUCUAGUGGCUGUCCAGAAGACAGCCACCAGAGGCUGGAUUAACCCCAAAGGUAAACAUAGCAGUUUCUCUGAAACUGCUGUGUUUACAUCUGAAGAGUUAAAACCUGAGGGACAUUGCACCCAAACCACUUUAUGAGCUGAAGUGGUCUGGGUGACUAUAGUGUCCCUUUAAACAUUUACUCAAUACAUGUUAGCCGCUAUAUUAUUAAGUUUGCACUAUUUUAGUAAUGAAUGCAAUAUGCUCUGCUGAGGGUGUUAAGGCUCCUCGUUAAAAUUAACUUUAACUUUUUUUGCUGUUGGCUACUAUUUUAUUUCAUUUCAUAUGCAUUAAAUGCAUGCUAAAAAUUCUAUAUGCCCCUUAGCUUUUUAGCGCUUAGAAGAUAAUCCCCUUAAAUUAUAGCAAGGGUACAUAUAUAAAUAGAAAU